UAGAGUUCCCUUCUUCAAACCUCAGUGCCAAAAACCCUACUGACUCUCCAUUUGAGGUUCCAUGUUCUGAAAACCAAAACAGAGUGGAGUUGAAUGAACAUUUGAUUUAAGAUUGCAAUGAUUGUUCGGUGUCUAAUUUCAAACGGAGCCCAUGUCUGAACUCUUGACAUCUCUCUUUUGUUUUGGUCUAGCCAUGUUCAUUUUCCUUCGCAGCCUCAAAACCUCUCAUUUUCAUGGUGUAAGCUCAUCAUCCCUAUUCACUCCCUGUUUUUACUUUUCACAAAAUAUACUCACUCAUUUUUUCUGUUCCCGUUGCUCUUUCUCCACAACUCUUAAUUUUACCACCGAUUCUAAUGAACUUUUCAAUUUGGAAACGAUUAAGAAAGCCGUGAGUGAAGAAAGAUGGAAUGAUUUUCGGGUUUCGGGAUUCUUCGAUUCGGCAUUGUCCCCCAUUUGGGUGUCGAAAAUCUUGAUCGGACUGAAGCAGGAUCCUGCACUAGCUUUCAAGUUGUUCAAGUGGGCCGAAACCCAAAUCGGUUUUCGCCAUACGACCGAGAAUUACUGCGUCGUUGCUCACAUUCUGUUUUGUUCGAGAAUGUACUCGGAUGCCCACAGUGUUCUUCGUCAAUUGGUUCUUUUACAUAAUAAUAAUAAUAUACAACCGUUUCCUUCUUGUACUGUAUUGGAUGUGUUGUGGUUGACUCGGAAUGUUUGCAUUGCUGGUUAUGGGGUGUUCGAUGAGUUAUUUAGUGUAUUCGUUGAGUUGGGAAUGCUCGACGAAGCUAGGGAUUGUUUCUUGAAAAUGAGAAAUUUUAAAGUGAUGCCGAAAGCACGUUCGUGUAAUAAUCUAUUGCAUAAGUUUUCGAAGGUGGAGGAUAGAGCGUUGGCGAAGAAGUUUUUCAACGAUAUGGUUGAAGCUGGAAUUGCUCCGUCUAUAUAUACGUACAACAUAAUGAUUGGGUUUUUGUGUAAAGUCGGGGAUUUAAAAGCUGCCAAAAGCUUGUUUGUUAGAAUGAAGAACACGGGUGUUUUUCCCGAUGUUGUUACCUACAAUUCACUUAUAGACGCGUACGGAAAAAAUGGGGAGUUGAGCGAGGCGGUUUGUAUGUACGAGGAGAUGAAAGAAGCCGAGUGUUUUCCAGAUUUAAUUACUUUCAAUACGUUGAUUAAUUGCUUUUGUAAAUACGAUAAAAUGCCUACGGCGUUCACCUUUCUUCGAGAGAUGAAGGAGAGCUGUAUUAAACCUAACGUUGUGACGUAUAGCACAUUCAUUGAUGCUUUUUGUAAAGAAGGAAUGUUGGAGCAGGGUAUUAAGUUCUUUAUCGACAUGAGACGAGUUGGUUUGACUCCUAAUGAGUUUACCUAUACUUCUCUAAUUGAUGCAAAUUUUAAAUUGGGGAAUACGGAUAAUGCUCUGAAAUUUGUUAAAGAGAUGUUCGAAGCUGCUCUGAAGUUAAAUAUUGUCACGUAUACUGCAUUGCUCGACGGGCUAUGCGAACACGGUAAGAUAAAUGAAGCAGAGGAAGUUUUUAAGGCUAUGGUGAAAGACGGGGUUGUACCGAACAGGAUUAUGUAUACAGCUUUUAUGCAUGGAUACCUUAAAGCCAAAAGAAUCGAUGAUGCUAUGAAGAUUCUUGAAAUAAUGAAGGAUAAUAAUAUCAGACCCGAUUUAGUUCUUUACGGAACUAUAAUUUGGGGGCUCUGCAACGUGGGAAGAUUCGAUGAUGUGAAUGCAUUGUUGGACGAAAUGAAGGAGCAUAAUGUAGAGGUCAGUGAAGUGAUAUAUACAGCCCUUAUCGAUUCCUAUUUCAAGGCGGGGAAAAACGUAGAGGCACGGAAUUUGGUUAGUGAAAUGAAGGAAAGAGGAAUAAAUCUGACAAUCGUGACGUAUAGUUCGUUAGUUAAUGGUUUGUGCGGAUUGGGAUAUGUUCACGAGGCGAUAGAUUAUUUUAAUUGUAUGAAAAGUUCUGGCUUGCAACCCAAUGUUGUUGUCUAUACAUCACUCGUUCACGGUCUCUGUAAAAACGAACGCGUCGAGGAUGCUAAGAAGGUGUUUGUGGAAAUGACUGAGAGGGGAUUGGUUCCGGAUAAAAUUGCGUACACUUGUUUGAUCGAUGGGACGAUGAAGCAGGGAAAUAUUGAGGAAGCGUUGGGUCUCGUAAAGAGAAUGGCUGAAAGUGGGAUUGAGUUGGAUCUUCAUGCGUACACGUGUUUAAUUUCUGGGCUGUCUAGAUUUGGUCAGCUUGAGCAAGCGAGGGCGUUGCUUUAUGAGAUGAUCGAGAAAGGAGUUGAGCCCGACGAAGUUGUUUACAGUUGCCUUAUACACAAGUAUCAUGAGUUUGGUAACACGGAAGAAGCUGAUUUAUUACUAGACGAAAUGGCGGGAAGGGGUCAUGCUCCUAUUACUAGAUGAGUUUGGCAAUAAAAACUUAUGAUUUUUUCUGAUGUAUUGUGACAUUUGACGACAUGAUCUUGAGGCAACGCAUUGAGUUCUUGAACUUCCAACUUGCAGUGAGAGAGAUUCCCACAGCGGAAAAUACCAAGUUGAGGAAUCAUCUUUCCAAGUCCAUGUUGUCAAAUGAGUUACCGUAUCAUUCAUCAAGGCGAAUAUCGGAACGAGCCCGUUGAAAUGAAAAAAAAAAAAAAAAACUACUUU